AUGCGUUUUGUUGACCUUGACUCCGCCUAUCAGGUAUUCUCCGGCAUUCGUCGUCCCUCUUCACCUGGUGGAGAUCAGCUUGCUGUCCCAAAGCUCUCACCUACUACCAGUACAACGAGAGCCCAGCCACCGAGCAUUAUGAGUACUUCCAUGUCAAGAAUGGUAGUGAGUGUGGUGGCUGCUGCUGCAGCUGUAAGUCACCAUGCUGCGACUGCAACUGCUGUUGCUAGAGCUCUCACAACAUAA